AUGAGUCCUUUUACCAAUACUACUAACACAACAAGAACUAACAAUACAUCGGCCGCUUCUAACAGAAAUAAAUACUCUAAAGGUGCAAACUAUUACUCGACUGAUGCAGUGACGGAGGAAGUGAUUAGUGACCAUCAUCGUCAUCGUAACUCUGAAUUAACAAUAAAAUAUGAAGAAAAUAACCAAAUAGUAACUCCCGUUGAUAGCCAAAGCGAAGAAGGUGGUAAUAGUCCUCCACCAUCUACUGUUUCAUCAAAAACGUCAUAUACUUGUAACAAUUGUGGUAAAAACUAUAAACAUAGAAAUUGUUUGGUUAAGCACUUAUGGGAACAUCAUGAAAGUUGGGAUCUUUGUCUCAAAUUUAACUUGACGAAACAUCAACAAGUUCAAAUGAUGGAGGCAGCGCAAAUCCUGGUUGAUAUUGCUUGCAUAGAGAAACAUUAA